AUGAGGAAUUUUAAUGAAGAUCAUGUUGAUGUUAAUGAAGUAAAGGAACUGACUGAACGACUGGUGGAGUACAUUCCUGCUGUAAUUACUACCAUGGGCUACAGAGGAUUGUUGGUUGCCCGAAAAUUUUCAGACCAGGACCAACUAUACAAUCUCCUUGACCUCCAAAAAACUUAUCUAAGCAAUCAAUCCAAGAUACAAAGUAAAUUAUACCCGCCUUUGGUACAAAUUACCCAGGAGCAAUUGAAGCAAAAUAAAUUCAGCGUGAGCGGAUGCGGAGAUUGUUUGGCUGCUGGAAUAAUCACCGGAAUGUUGAAACAAUUAAACGACGAAUCGUGUAUUUAUCUUGGACUCCAAGCAGCAGCAACAUCUCUCCAGUCCUUGGAAACCGUCCCUACUGCUGCAUUGAACCAAUUGAUCAACCCAACCAUUUAA